AUGAUGGAUAACAUUCGCAAACGCAUCUCGUGCCAACGCUGCCGGAACAGAAAACUCAAAUGUAGCAGGACCUCCCCGUGUAGCGCCUGUACCUCAAGCAGUGCGGAGUGCAUCUUCCGAGUUGACGACGCUCGAAGACGUCCAGUGGGCCGCGGUUACGUGACUGCACUAGAAGAGAAAAUCUCUUCAUAUGAGGCGCUAUUGCGCGAUUUAGAAGUAGCACCGGAUGCUGAGCGCGAUGGAAUCUUGUCCAGGGCUCUUGCUGAUCCUUACAAGCGGCUCGGAGAUGUGGGAGUUCAAUCGACCGACGAUGCGGUUUUUGACUAUACUGGAUCUUCCCGACUUGCUACCAUGUCAAUAUGGUGUGGUCCUCAAGGUGUUCCCUCCUUCUAUGGGCCGACGAGCAUCUACCAGGAAGACAUGACUGCUCCGUACUCCGAGGUGGCGUCGUCGAUAGAUGCGCACCGAUAUCUCGGGCACUGGCAAGAUAUGAGGAUGCAUUUAAAUCUGGGAAUUGAGGAUUCAGCACUAUUCAAGAGCCUCUCUUUGUUCUUCGCCCACCAGCACUCCCAGUGCCCGUUCAUCGAUCCAGUUACAUUUCUGCAGGACUACCUGAAACUCGACCAUGGCGGACAAUACUGGUCUUAUCCAUUACUAUACGCGAUAUGCGCACUAGGGGCAAAAGCAUCGAGCGAUGGAAAUCUCAGAAAGGAUGCACAGCGACUGUGUCACAUCUCGCAGGAAAUGCUAAAUACCCCCAGCCCCGGCAUGCAGUACCCGGAUCUAACAGUGAUUCAAGCCCUGCUUUGCUGCGCGUUCUUCGAACUAUCGGCGGGGAAUCACAGCAAGGGAUGGAUGCUAUCAGGGAUGGCGUUUAGAAUGGUGCAGGAUUUGGGCUUCCACCAGGAUCCUCGAUUUGUGGUGAGAGACGGUGUAGCCGGCAAUACUGCAUCGGUGUAUGAGAUGCGAAGGCGGAUAUACUGGGGCUGCUAUAUAGCUGACAAGAUUAUCAGCCUCUACUUUGGCCGACCCGUGUUCUUACAUGCGGAAGACGCUGCCGUAAAUCCCAUUGAUCUGAUAAUAAUGAUACACCAUGAGGAUUCCUCGUUCGAUGUACCCGAGCUAGAAGCCACAGCUAAUUUUCUCGAAGACCACGCCAUGUUUAUCACCACAUUUACUCAUCUUACCGACCUCUGCACAAUCAUAGAGGACAUCCUUACGCAAAUUUUCUCAGCACGCCUAAUCAAGAAGCCUCGCAAGGAGCUGGUCUUGACCCGCCUCACUCGACUUGAAGACCUCAACAUCCGACUCUUCCGAUGGAACUCCGAACUGCCCCAAACCAUAGCCUGGAAUCAAUGGAAGCCCGCAAGUCACAGUAGUACUAACCCGCAUGUACUACUUACACACGCCUUAUACCACAGCACCCUCAUCGCCCUGAACCGCAACUUCAUCCGCCCAACCCCCGGAUUCGCACGCAAGGAGCAGUCCAAGGAGAUAUGCCUUUCCUCUGCGGAUAACAUCAUCGCUCUAGUGCGGCAGUAUCGAGCGAAAAGCCCGCUUUGCACUGCGCCGGUUGUACUUUUGUACAGUGUCAUCAUGGCAGCGAGUGCGUUGUCGUUCUCUGGUGGGACUCUUGAAGGGGUUUUGGGCUCAGGAGAUGCAUCGAGCAAAAGCAGCAGCGCUGAUGAUAGUCGCGUUUUCUUUGUGUUGAAGGCUCUUGAGGAGUUUGCUGAGGUGCAUCCGGUGGCGGGUUUGGUGGGUCGGCAGUUGAGCAAGGUGUUCAAGAGCGGAGACAGGUCUGAGGCUUUGGCGGCGAUAAAGGGACACGAGACAAAUGUACAAAGAUAUGAUGGGCUUGAAGAUAGGAAUCUGUCGCUAGGAUUUGUGGGAUCUGGACAAGAUGAGACUGCUGGGAUUGCUGGGACUUUAAUGGACGCUGGUGCUUUUGGCUUGAUGACUUGGGAUUUCAAUAAUCUGGAUUCUGGGGAUUUGGGUGAUUUGUUAGAGAAUGAUGGCCUGUACUAG